CCCGACCGUGAGGAUGCAGGACCGCGCGGUUCUGAGCUGUGACUCCUAACGGAUCACACAUCGAGCAGAGACGCCACGCUUCAUUUUUACGUUUGUUUGUUUAGUUUAUCUGUUUUCCGGUUUCCCUACCCUGCACGUGCCACUGCGCCUCGCGACAGAACGCGCCCGUUUGGGAUCCUUUCAUCAUGAUGGUUCGGUUUAAGAGCGCGUGCUGCUGAGGUUUCCUUCUGGUUCCGACUGGAGUCUCACAGCGUGAUGGAUACUAAUGAGCUCCUGCUGCUAAAGCUUUUUACCGUUGGCGUUCUGGUUAACACCUGGAUCAUGGGGAAGUCCACAGCUGCUGACAGUUUGACCCUGGAGCCUACGCUCCCUACACAGAAGAGGAUCUGCAAUGAGUCUCGUCUGCAGUGGGAGGUGGAGGUCUGUGGAGAAGACUUCAAGCGGGACAUGUCUCACAUAGAUUCACAGUACUGGUGCAACCUCACACACUUCAUCAGCGAGUACCACCUCUUCACCCACUGCACUGAGACAAAGUCCCACAUUGUCAACUGCUACUGGCCCAAUCCGCUGGUAGAGAGCUACAUCAUCCGCAUACACAAGCACUUUUUCUCCAACUGCACCAUGGAGCAUGUAAUAUGGGUCGAUCCGCCGGAUGACACGCUCACCAUACUCAUCCUCAUUCCUGUUUUCCUUACUUUGGCCAUGAUUGCACUGGUGGUCUGGUGCAGCAAGAGAAGCGAUCUCCUGGCUUAGGACACAAAAGUGGACAAGAGAGACUAGACGUCUUCACUGAAGAAAUACUGGUCAACAGCAGCGUUAUAUUAUCCUCUGAGUGGGAGAGUCGACCCAACCAAAUUCAAUGAAAUGGGAGUUCAGCUUGUAAUUUUGAAGUUCUGUUUUCUUACUUUAUUUUUAAAAUCACUUUUUUUAGUCUCUGAUAUUCACCAACCACUUAAAGUGUCCCAAAAUGUUUUGGCAAGGCAGCUUUAUUUCUUAAGCUCAUUUCAUACACAGAAAAAAUUCAAUGUGUUCUCCAGAUGCAAGAACACAAAACAUUAAAAUUAGCGUGACAAAAUAAAGCAACUUAAAUCACAUUUAAAAGUACACACGUAAAAUUAGAAGUAAGAAAUAAAAUAAAAGGAGAAAGUUAAAGACUGAUCAGUUACAGUGCAGAAGGUGCAGUACCAGAAACAUUAAUUGAAAGGCUAACGAAUACAUGAACAUUUUCCAUUCUGAUUUAAAAGUUACUGGAGUUGGGGCACAUUUGAGGUAAUGAGGAAGCUGAUUCCUUCUUAGUGCAGCACAGUAAGCAGCUUAACUGUGUUUGGUUCUGACCCGGCAUUAUACAAGCUGUUUCCUAAGUAUCUCAGAGCCCUAAUGGGUGUAUAUACUGCAAGGAGAUCCAACAUGUGUUUUGGUCCCAUGUAAUUGGGUGAUUUAUAAACUAGUAGAAGCACUUUGAAAUUGAUUCUGUAGUUUAAUGGUAAUCAGUGUAGAGGUUUAAGAACAGGAGUUAUGUGCUCGGUAGAUCUGGGCGUCAUCAGCAUAACUAUUAUAGGCGAUGUUGGUAUGACCUGACCCAGGGGGAGCAUUUAGAGACUGAAGAGCAGUGGUUCAAGAAUUGAGCCUUGAGGGACCCCACAUGUCAUGGUGAUCAGCUUUGAUUUGUAAUCACCAAUAGAGACAACAUAACCCCUCCCUGUCUUUGAGAUGUGAUGGGAACCAACUAUGGACUGUGCCUGAAAGUCCCACCCAGUUUUUGAGCCUAUCAAGAAGGAUGUUGUGGUUCACAGUAUCAAAAGCUGCACUGAGAUCGCGCAUCAUCAGAACAGAUGUUUUGCCUGAAACAGUACUGAGCUGAAUAUCAUUUAAUACCUUAAUCAGUGCAGUCUCAGUGCUGUGGUGUUGCCUACAGCCUGACUGGAAACUAUCUAGCAGGUUGUUUGUCUCCAAAAGUUGUUCAGCGGGAUCAUAACUGCUUUCUCAAUUAUUUUCCCAAUGAAAGGGAGACUAGAGAUUGUCUGUAGUAUCAUCACUAAGGGAUCUAAUUUCCUUUUCUUUAGAAGAGGCUUAACAGCAUCAAUGUUCAAGGAUUUAUAAAACAACAUGGAACAAUUUACAAGUUUCAGUACAUCAGCUUUCAAGCAGCUAAAAACAAUGUUUAAAGAAAUUAGUUGGCAGGUUGUCCAGACAGCAGGUAGAUAAUUUUAAGGUAUUUACUGUGUCCUCCAGCGUUUUGGCUCUAAUCACACUGAGAGCUGUCAUUCUAGCCAGAUUGUUGCUGUGAUGCUGUAGCUGUGGUCUUGUUGUGUUGGUUGAAAACAGAUGCAAACUCAUUACACUUAGUUUGGAAUAUGAAAUCAGGAUUUAACUGUGUGAGGAGAUUAGCUGGCCUCUGGACAGUAUAGCAAACAGAACAUGGGAAUUGUUAAAUGUACCACUUUGGAGAAAAAGGCUUAUCUCGCCUUAUUUAAUUCAGAGUUGUAAUUGCGAAGCUGCACUGUAAAUGUCUCAUAAUGAUCUGGUAGGUUACUUUUUCUUCAUUUACGCUCACCUUUUCUGCAUUCCCAUUUUUGAUUGAUAACAGAUUUAGUGAACCUCCCUAGAGCUUUUUGUUUGCCUGAGAUAAGUUUGACCUUUUCCUGUGCGAUGGUGUUGUAACGUUAUGAACUUCAUAAGGACUUGAAGAGAUUUGCAGUUGAAAUUAUUUAGAAGUUAAUCAGCACGGCUGGUUGUUAGACUUGUUUACAUAAUCAUAAGUUCUAUAAAAACCGAAGCUGUGUGAUCACCCAGAUACCUGUUUUUGACAACAACUGAAGUGUGAUGGUUAGCAGGUGAAACUGGCAAAUUUAGAAAGUAUUUUGACUGUAGAGGUAAAGAUAAUCCUGUUGUGUUAACUCAUCUAAAUCAUGGCAAGACACAGAAGAACAUUCCUAAAACAUGGAGCUCUUCCUUUGAGGUGUCAAGGAUGGUGGUUGUUUAAUUUGCUGCCACUUAGCACUUGGUUUAAUGCCCAGAAACAGAAUCCUCUGUUGGGUUCCUGAAACUCUCAUGGAUCCAGACUUUUUGCCCGCGGAGAUUCUUUUUGGAGCAGUGUAUCGCUGCUGAAGGCCAAAGUAUCCACCAAGUCAGUGAUUGACCUUUGAACUGGUGGGAAAUGACAGUCACAAAGGAAACUGUUGUUAAAUGUUAUUGUCCCACUGUGUAAAUACUUGGAAAGAAGCCAAAUCUGGACUUUAUACUGUUUCAAGGAAUGUGCUGUUUAGUCAUACUGGCUACAUGAAUGGACCACUAAAUGAAAUUCAGCACCCAAAGUCAAAGCAACAAUAUGAUUUAAAUAUUUUGGGUCUUGAAUUUUUUGUGUGACUAUCUGAGUCCUAAAAAUGUGUUUUGUAUGAUUUUAACUUAUGAGAUAUUGAUGUUAUUGUACUAUAUUAUUCUCUGCGAGGGUUCUCUAUGAAUGCAAAAUAGAUACAUGGUGACACUGAGACCUUUAACUGUAUAGUAAUGCUCUGUCUGUGCUGUCUACUGUAUCGAUGUUACCCCUCCAGUGUUACUCAGACCAGCAAGACCCACAAUACUGAUUAAAGAAAUAAAUUCAAUGAUAGAGUGUGAA